CUUUCACAGCUUCCAAGUUUCCCAAAUUGCUGCUACACUAUCCAGUACACCGCCUUUUCACGUGGCAGCCACCCGGAGCAUAUGUACCUUUUCUUGCCGUCCAAAUCCAAGUCCUCAACCAGAAGGAACAUUGUCCAUUGCUGGCUUUCCCCCUCGAGAUUAAUCCUUCUCCUAGUCUACGCCAUGGUGGUGGCAAAUACCGUCCUCAGCUUGGCCAUGGCCCUUCUCCAUGUUGGAUGGGCCAUCGGUGCCGGAUUCCUCGACCAAGGUUGCAGUUCACUCUUCUUCGUCCAGAGAGGAGUUUUGAUAGCCACGUGCGACGAUAAGAUCUGCGGCAAUAAGGUCGACUCCCACCUCGAUCUGAACAACUGUAUCCUGAACCAAAAUGGCAACAUGUAUUUCAACAAAUCGGGCAACUUCUACGACACUUGCAAGGACUGCUACAUUGCGGGCAGCUCGCAUCUGACCUGCACAUGUUUCAACAACGUACAGGACGAGUAUAUCGGCCUGGUAGAUCUCAACAACGGAGUCAUCACCAACUACUACGGCUAUGUCAACUGCUUCAACACCUUCUCCACUCUCCCGGCCCACAACUGGCCCUGCAAGGGGAAGGACUGGACACCUUGGCAGCGCAAUGCGGGUUUGGGCCUUGGCAAUGAUACUGCCACGAAUGCCGCGAAUGGGACGGUGGCCUUGCCGAAGCAGCCCGUUACCAGUUUCAACGAGUCUGCUGCAGAUACCCCCAACAACAGUACCCACAACUACUGAGGAAGGCUUGCGGGUCAGGCGAACAAAUGUUGAUAUGGUAUAUUGGUCUUCAAGGGAUGCUUGGUUUCGCGGUGGGAAUUUCGUGGAUUCAGGGGCUGGAAUGAAGAUGAUUGGCACCUCGCUCGUUCUUAUUAUCCUGACAUGAAUGUGUUUUCUGUCAUCUGACAACAAUACCCAUUUCAAAUACGCCCAGAAGAAAGUUAUAUCUAUCAAUCG